AUGGCUACUCGACGCCUCGCCACCUGGUCUCACAACCUCCGGUACUCGGACCUUCCGGAAGAUGUGACCCGUGCAGCUAUUCGAAGCUUUUACAACUGGGUUGGUUGUACCAUAGCAGGUAGUCAGCACGAAGCUACAACGAUCGCCCACCAAACAAUGUCACCCUUCUUCGGCCCACCUACAGCAUCUCUCCUUGGAUAUCAGGGAUCUUCACGUUUAGAUGCUCAGCAUGCGGCGUUGAUCAAUGGCAUAGCAUCGCACGUCCAUGAUUACGACGACACGCACCUCGACACCAUUAUCCAUCCCACUGGACCUGUUGCGAGCGCUCUUCUUGCUGUUGCCGAGUGGAGAGGCGGUAUCUCAGGGAAGCAAUUCAUCACUGCUCUCGUGGCUGGUAUAGAAGCUGAAUGUAAGGCUGGACUUGCUGUCUGGCCGGAACACUACGAUGUUGGCUGGCACAUUACCUCUACCGUCGGUUCGAUCGGCGCGGCUGUUGCAGUCUCAAAGGUCUUAGAGCUAUCUCCAGCAAAGACUACUCAUGCAAUCGGUCUCGCAGCUACCCAAGUCACUGGCCUUCGAGAGAUGUUCGGUUCACACUGCAAAUCAUUCCACGUUGGGCGCGCUGCUCAAAACGGCCUUGUAGCUGCUGUCAUGGCUGAAGGGGGCUACUCUAGCAGUCAAGGUGCACUGGAGGCGAAACGUGGCUGGGCUGCAGUUGUCGGCGCCAAUAAGCCAAACGCGCUUCAAAGCCUAGAUCGUUGGCUCAGCACUGAGAAUGAGGACGGCUUAGCUCAUGAUAACACAGGCCGCUGGGAGAUUCUGAGGAAUAGUUUCAAACCCUUUCCGUGUGGAAUUGUCAUACACCCUGUCAUCGACGCUUGCACACAAAUACACGCGGAACUGACGAGAGAGGGACACACCCCAGCGCAGAUCGAGUCUGUCACGGCGCAAGUACACCCUCUUGUCCUGGAACUUACCGGGAAGAAAACUCCAAAGGAUGGCCUGGAGGCAAAGUUCAGCGUCUACCAUAGUGGUGCAUGCGGACUCCUCCUUGGCAGAGUCACGCCACUGGAGUACGAAGACAAUGUCGUACUCGAUCCUGCGGUCAUUACUAUUCGCGAUCGCAUUACGGCGAAUAUCGAUACUAGUAUUGCAGCAGACUCGGCAAGCGUCACUGUUGCGCUGAAAAGCGGAGAGGUAUUGACAAAGUUCGUCGACCAUGCUGUUGGCAGUCGCUCAAAUCCUCUGAGCGACGUGAAACUGCAGGAGAAGUUCAUUGAUGGAUGCAAGAGCGUUUCAAUACGUGACGCUGAAGCAGUGAGCCAACGGUGCUGGGCGCUGGAUGCUGUGGAUGAUAUCCGGGAACUUGUAAAGCAUCUGUAG